AUGCUAUCUCCCCCCCCUUCGCCAGCUCGACGACUUGCCUCGCCUUCAAUUUCCGUUUCCUCACCUCCCUCGACAGAGAUUGCUGAUCGGGUCCUAUUUUCUCACUCUGAGCCCGCAAUAUCACUCGAGACUCCUCUAUUUGACGUCUCAGAGCAGUUCGAGCCUUUGAUCCAGAAUGUCAUCUCUUCAAAGACUAAGCGAAAGUCGGAUUCACGGCCAAAGCCUACUGAUGAGGAAUAUAAUGCUUUCGUUUCUUGUGCGUGGAGAUUGUGCCAGAGUAACCCGCGAGACUGGCUCAGGCGGGAGAAAGCGAACAUGAAGAUUAUUGAUAGGGCGGGUAGUAACAGGAUCCAGAAGCCUACUGUAUUAGCUGGGUACACUACUAAACGAAACAUUGCACCUGCCCGAUCGGUUAAUAACGGCGCAUCAUCUGCCCUGAAGCCGCGAACUGCUCAGGGACGUUCUGCAAGAACACCAAGACCUACCCCUAAAGCAAUUAUAAAUGAUAGCUUCGCUUAUCCAGAUGGACGCCUCCCAACCCCCCAGACACCAUCUUCGGCGGCAGUACGCGCAAGGGCAGUGGCAACCCGGGAGGACGCGGAUUUUGAAGCUAUUCCCGACAUGUCUCCGCCACUCGAAACUCUACCUGGCUCAAAAUGCCUCAAAGCUGAUUGGAAAGGCACUGUCCUUGACCUCUCAGAUGAUCCACAUGCAGGGCUUCUUCACCCUGCAGAGCUUCACCUCGCUUCUGUUCUCCGUCUCUCUUGCGCUUCCUAUCUUACGUCUAAGCGAAGAAUCUUCCAGAUGAAGGUUGAGAGGGAAAGGAUGGGCUUGAAAUUCAUGAAGACCGAUUCCCAGAAGGCUUGUAAGAUCGAUGUUAACAAGGCUUCGAAAUUGUGGACUGCAUACGAGAAAGUUGGUUGGUUUGAUAGACGAUACAUCCAACAAUACUUGUGA